AUGCAGGUCAGGCAUGAUAUCGCUGAGAAAUGGAAUGCUAUGUCACAGCAAGAAAAGAUUGAUGCAACUGAAGGCCUCAUGGAAGACUUAGAAGACCAUUGCAACAACAAGGCUUUGGCAAGUCACAACGUCCCCAUCAAUGCCUUCCAUGAUAUUUGUGCUACAUUGGAUUCUGUAACACAAACACUCGCUACUCUCUCUGCAAGGACUGGGUGUCAUACUGCCCUCAUCACUGUUCGGGGUGACCUCGACCAUUAUAAUCAUCCUUACGUCAACCUUUCAGAUGAUCGUGUUGGCGACUUCUUCCAGCUUGCUCUCAAAGAGACACCCUCCAACUUUGCAACACGUCUUGAAGGCUACUGUACAUCUGGCGUUACUGGUGUAGUUUCUAACUACAAGCAGAGUUUCCUCCAACUCAAGAGCAACACGUCUGCGCUUAUCCUGCAAAAGCUUCGUGAGGCAGCUCAGGUACCCGUCUCCAGAAUGUACUAUGUCAACUUUGAUGAGAAUAUUACUGCGCAACAUGACGUGGUUCUCGACAACUGGCCACUGAAAAAAUUCGCAAAUCCUGGGGACAUAGGCUCGAUGGUGGAGGUCAAGAUUGUGUACAAUGCAUUUAGGACAGGCGUGACAAAAUUUCGCAAGUUGACAGCUGCUGAGUGGGAAGAUUGGGACAACACCAGAUUCAAUAACGCCUUGGAGCGCAGUUCAGAUGAUGACGCAAAUGAAGACAGGAAUGCACUGGCAGAUGAAAGUAGGAUUAAUGGUACAUGUUAUAUCCUUACAUUGUGA